AUGGACUCUAACAUAAUUUACUGUCAAAUUUGUUCCUUUCAGCCCAAGGACCCGAAGCUUCAAGAUUUUCUUCAUGUCAUGCAACCUCGCGCAAAGUCUAAGCUGUGGGAAAACGACACUUCAGUUGUAUCCAAUGAUGGUAACAACCAAGCAGCAUUGAAUAAAGAUACGGAUGGUACAUCAAUUGCAAACCAUCCUAUCUUAAGCGACAGAAAAGUAGUUGGAUUACCAAAUAAUCCCGAUUCCGACAAGGAGGAGGAACUGGAAGAGCAUUUCAGUCAGUUUGGCGGUGUUUCACAGGUUCAUUUAGUUGUUGAUAAGGAAACGAAACGAUCCAAGGGAAUAGCUUAUAUUCAUUUCACAGUUCCAGAUUUUGCAGCCAGGGCGUUGCAAGAGUCAGACAAUUCAAUCUUCCAGGGAAGAUUAUUACAUGUUAUGCCAGCUAUACCAAGACGUUCAAACAAUGAAGAGAACAAUGUUUCCAAGGAUCAAGGAACAAAAACUCUCAAACAACGAAGAGAAGAAGAGAGGAAAGCAGCUGAAGCUAGUGGAGAUACCAGAGCAUGGAAUAGUCUGUUCAUGCGCCCUGAUACAAUUGUAGAAAAUGUUGCUCGGAAAUAUGGUGUUAGUAAAAGUGAUUUACUGGAUCGAGAAGCUGAUGAUCUUGCUGUACGUAUUGCUCUGGGAGAAACACAAGUGAUUUCAGAAACAAAAAAUGCAUUUAAAAAAGCUGGAGUGAACGUGGAAGCUUUGGAGGAGCUUGCGAAGGGUAAAGUUGAUGGCAUUAAAAGAAGUAACCAUGUAAUUUUAGCCAAGAAUUUGCCCUAUGGUGCUACCGAAAAUGAACUUGCAAACAUGUUUGGGAAAUUUGGUAGUUUGGAUAAAAUAAUUCUCCCCUCCACCAAAACAUUGGCCCUGGUUGUUUUCCUUGAAGCAGCAGAAGCUAAAGCUGCUUUUAGAGGUUUAGCUUACAAGCGUUACAAGUAAGAUUUUUUUGUUUCUUUUGUUCACAAG